CUCCGACUCACUGCUCUCGCACCUUCAAUUCCUCAGCUCCAAAGAACGCCGCUGUCGAAAAUUUGAUCUUUGCGACACAUGCCCUCAACCUCGUUUUUCACUUGGACUUGCUCUAAUAACGGGUGCAGUGAUUCCCUAGACCCCUUGCGCCACCAAUUGCCCCUCGAGAAUUAGAACCCACUCGCCAACUGUGUUGCGACUCGAAGAGGUGGAAGAAACAAAUCAUGGCGACGCGCAGCGACGCGCACGAAGUGCGCGAGUCCAUCGAGGCCAAAGUCAGCAACGAUGUCGAGAUGGUUGACGCCCCGGAUGCCAACGCCGCCGACGUGAACCAAACCGAGGCCACGGUCACCGCGAAGACAGGCGAUCCAGAGAGAAUGGACGUCGAUGUUGACGCCGAUGCUGAUGCCGACGGUGAAGCGGAUGCAGACGCAGACGCUGAGGCGGAUGCUGAUGCCGACGCCGACGCCGAUGCCGAUGCCGAUGCAGAUGCCGAUGCUGAUGGAGAACCCGAUGACGACGCUGCAUCACCUGCAGAAUCCGAGCCUGGUGACCUACUGGAUGUCAUCCAUAUCCUCAACACCACCCUGAGCAACUACAAGGACGAAGACGGAGAAUGGUGGGCGGCUAGUUUCCAGCGCAUCCCGAACAAGCGCCAGUUGCCGGACUACUUCGAGAUCAUCGAGAACCCCGUCGCCUUCAGCACAAUUCGCCACAAGGUUCAGAAGAAGCAAUACACACAGUUCUCCGAGUUCGUUCGCGACGUUGCCCAGAUCUGCCACAACGCGCAGGUGUACAACCGCCCUUCUUCCGCCAUCUUCAAAAGCGCCACCAUCAUCCGAGAUCUGCUCAAGCAAGAGCUUCAGAAACUUAUCAGGAAGGGCAUCAUCAAACCGGAGGAGGCCGAGCUUCCGGAUCUAGGCGAGCUCCCACCCGCGGAAGACUCAUCCCCAGAAGCCGAGUCUGAAGAGGAAGAAGAGGAGGAAGAAGAAGAGGAGGAGGAGGAGGAAGAGGAAGAAGAUGACGACUCUGAAGAUGAUGGAAAGCGACGUCGCAGCAAGAGGGGUGGUCGGACCUCGCUCACCAAGCGCCAGCUUGAAGAAGCCAAGGAGGAGGACGAGCAUAAGAAGCGAGGUCGUCCCCCAAAGGUCUUGACCCCCCUCGAAGCUCGUAUUCACAACGUCAUCAAAGGCUUGCGUAAGGUCCAGUCGGACGACGGUGGCCUGCUCAUUGGUCCCUUUGAGAAGUUGCCCGACAAGACGGUGAAUCCGGACUACUACCAAGUCAUCACCAACCCGAUUGCGCUCGACAACAUCAAGAGGAAGGCCAAGAGGAAGAAGUAUGCGACUGUGGACGAUCUCGUCAAGGACAUGGACCUCAUGUUCAACAACGCCAAAGAGUAUAACGAAGAAGGCAGUGACAUUUACGAGGCUGCCGUCGAAUUACAAAAGCAAGCGCAUGAGCUGGCGAGCCAGGAGAAGGCAAGAGCUGACGACGAGUUCCGUGAUGAGGAUGGGAAGCUGCCCUUGUCGGAGAUGCAGCAUAACGGCCAGACAUGGCGAGUGGGCGACUGGGUGCAUAUCCGCAACGUCAACGACAUGGCCAAACCCAUCGUGGCGCAGAUCUUCCGUACCUGGCAGGACCGUGGUGGCCAGCGGUGGAUCAACGCCUGCUGGUACUAUCGUCCAGAGCAGACCGUCCACAGAUACGAGAAGCACUUCUUCGAGAACGAGGUGGCCAAGACGGGACAGUACCGCGACCACCAGAUCGAGGAGGUGCUUGAUCGAUGCUUCGUCAUGUUCGUGACGCGGUUCAACAAGGGCCGGCCGCGCGGGCUCCCGGCGGACAAGGAGGUGUACGUGUGCGAGUCUCGGUACAACGAAGCGACGUGCCGGUUCAACAAGAUCAAGACGUGGACCAGCUGCGUGCCGGACGAGGUACGCGAGAGAGAUUACGAGAUGGAGCUGUUUGAGCAGCCGCGACGGCUCAAGAAGGUGCCCAGCCCGAUCAAGCAUCUGCUGCAGGCAGACGCGAAGGAGACGGACGAGCUGCCUAAGCCGACCUGGGGCGCCGCAAACGCACCACCUAUCAUCGGUGCCGUGCAUCGGCGGCCUCGGGAAGCAAACGAAUCGCCCCCUCCCGAACCAACACCGUCGCCACCGCCGCCUCUGGCCCAGGAAGCGGCACGACGUCCUUCGGUCCUCCAGGCGAUGCGCCAGACGCCCAGCGACAUAUCGAUGGGAAAUCCUCCUCUCACGCCGUACGGGCACGGAAUGGGAGCCGCGCCAUCUCCGUCGCCCGCCAUGUACGCGCAGCAGCAGUACACACCCCAGCAUGCGUCGGCAUCACCGGUCGUGGUGCCUCACCAGACGCCGGUGCCUCUACCCCAACUUCCUCCUCACCAAGUGUCUCAUUCUCCGCAGCCCAUCCGUCCCAUGUUCCAGCAGCACCAGCAGCAGCAGGGAUUCGCGCCUAGCCCGUUCCAACAACACCCGCACCCGCAGCAUCCACAGCAUCCACAGCACCCACAGCACCACCCCCACCCGCAGCAGCAGCAGCAGCAGCACUUGCACCACGUUCAGCAUCAACAGCAGCAGCAGCACCACCACCACCAGUCGCCCCCUCUGCCGACGCCGCCCCCGCCCCAGUAUCAGCAGCACCACCAGCAGCUACAGCACCACCAACACCAGCACCACCAACACCAGUCCCAGUCCCAGCACCAACACCACCAUCAGGCCCAAGCGCCCGUCCCACAGCACCAACACCACCAACCACACCACCAGAUGCAUCCACAAAUGAUGCCAGCAAACCCUUUGGGCCCGACCUACAAUCACCAUUCAAUGCAGCCUCACGCGCCUGCAGCGCGCACACCCAUGGCUUCGACACCCAACGCCGUGCAGCCGCACAAUGCCUACAACCUGCCGCGGCCUCCUGAGGUGUUUACGCUGCCCGACGCCAUCAACGACCAGAUCCCCGAGGAGGUGCGCAGCCGCUACAACAGGGACGAGCACGGCAGAAUCUUUUUCUUCACCACACCGCCCGUCGCCCGCCCGAAACACGGCCUCGCGCCAGAGAACGCCAACUCGGGCCACAGCCUCGCAUACCUCGCAAAGAGCAACCCGGAAUGGCUGUCGGACCGCACCACCCGCGCCAAAGCCUUUUCUGUCGCCAAGCAGAAGGAGCUCAAGACCAAGAUGGCCAUCGACGACAUCACCCAGGGCAAGACUCUUGAGGAGUUGCACGAGUGGGCCAGCGAUUCCUGGGCUCUGUACUGGAAGAGCCAUGCGCAGGAGACCAGCCGCAUGCGCGAGGAGGGCGACCUGGGCGAGCACGAGCGACUAAUGGCCGAGCAGCGCCGCAGCCGAGUCAAGUCCAGAAGGGCGCGCGAUGAGGAGACAGAGAGGGCCGAAGCGACCAAGAAGGCCAACUACCUUGACGACAUUUACCAUGCCCACUCGAGUCUGCGGUCGUCCAAGCCGCGUGCUGCGUGACUCGGUUCCGAAGGCGUAGAUGCCCACAGCCGUGGCCAUUUUGGCACCGCCCUCGCAACCAGCCAUCGACGUAGGCGGCAUGGCCAAUAUCAGGGCAUCUUGCUGGGUGGACUGAAGAGGAGUUUUGGCGGAUCGUAUGUGUUGUGAUACCUUUUUUCUGCUUUUUUUCUUUUUCUUGGGAGUUUACGGGAACGAAUGGCUCACUGUACCGGUCGCCAUACGUUCAAGGGGUUUCAUGGUUCACCGUACCUCAAAUAAUUGGCCUGAAGCUGAAGAGGCAGACAAGAUAAGACAGUGUUGGGACUUGGAACUUUCUUUGCAGUCUGCUGUGCUUGUCAUGUCGUGAAAGCGGGUAACUUAGCACCACGGGUUGCGUAUGUCUCUCUUCUUCUCCCUGGUCAUCUUGUCAAGUAUGGUGGCUGACCGGGUGAGUGGCUGUCGACGUUGGUUGGUCCUUUGACACAGUAAGCUCCUUUGUCUACUUGGAACAAGAAAAAGGGCAAUUGAGUUUCAUCGGGGUGGUGGCGACUUGGUUGUAUAGUAGCUAGCUAGCUCGUGCAUCGUUGAAUUCAUCCAUCCCAGGUAGUGAGUUAGUGGGUUCUAUCUCUCCUGCCAAAGUAGGACGGUUGGCCGACAAAAGCAAAACACCCA